AUGUCUCAAACCGUUGUACGCAACGUGCUCCUCUUCGACGGGAAAGCAACCCACCAGGACGCUACUGUCAUAUUCGAUGCCAACACGGGCCUGAUCGAAUCAGUGUCAACCGGCACACCGCCAGCCGAGUAUCCCACCGGGGCGACAGUCAUCGAUGGCAGAGGACACACCCUAUUGCCGGGGUUAAUCGACGCUCACAUUCACAGCUAUGGCCUACAUCUGCCUGCCGGCGCCAAUAUCGCAACGGUGCUCGCGGACCCUCUCAAGUGCGGCGUCACGACUGUUUGUUGCAUGCACUCGGAUCCGGAGACAGUCUAUGAUCAUCAAAAGCGCAUUGACAGCGAAGUUGAGAAAGCCAGAAAGGAUGGAAAGGCGGGCAGGGUGACCUUGUCGAGCCUCAAAAGUGCACAUUACGGUGCCACCAUCGAUGGAGGAUGGCCAAAGCCAAUUGUGCUCGCAAAUCACCCCACAGAUGAACUGAAAGCCAAGGUCGACACCUGGCCGAAACUGACCGUGGACAAUGCGCCAGACUUUGUCGCCAAUCACAAGAAGAACGGGGCCGACUAUAUCAAAUUAAUGCAAGAGAAUUGCUGCUCGCUCGCCUUCCCUACCAACUCCAUCCCCGUGGCCACGCUCGAGUUGCAAACGGCCGUGGUCAAGGCGGCCCAUUCACACGACAUGCCGGUCGUUGGCCACGCCACUGCCGUCGAAAGCACGGAGAUCAUCCUCAAGUCCGGCGCUGAUGGGCUAGCACACACGUUCAUCGAUCAAGCACCGCCAGAGAGCAUCAUCUCGCUCUACAAAAAGACCAACGCUUUUGUAGUCCCCACAGUCGUGGUCCUCACGUCCCUCACAGGCGAAGAGCAGGAUUGGCGGGAGCGCUUCGCCAGCAUCGCCAAGUCCAGAUCCCUCAUCACCGACGCCCAGCACGAGAACAUGGUCGCCUUCCUCGGGGCCAAGGCCGAAGGCGCCACCAUCGACCACGCGUACACCACGAUCAAGCGCCUCAAAGCCGAAGGCAUCGACAUCGUCGCAGGGACGGACGCAAUCGCCGGCCUCCAGGGAACCGCCAUCGGUCCCAGCUUGUGGCAGGAGAUAGCUAUGUAUGUGGCGAAAUGCGGCUUCAGCCCGGAAGAGGCAUUGCGCAGCGCGACCGAGGCAGGCGCGAGACGUCUAGGCUUCAACGACCGCGGCACGGUGGAGAAAGGUAAACGAGCGGAUUUGGUGCUCGUUGAAGGGGAUGUGACUGAGAAGCUGGAGAGGUUGUGGGAGAACAAAGGCGUGGUGAACGUCUGGAAGGAAGGUCUGUUGGCGGCCUAG